AUGGCUGAUAAUGGAGAUGAUAAUGGCCCUCCGGGUCAUCUAAAACUCGAUAACAGGACAGCAGAUUCUUCACGCCAACAAGACGAGUUUCUCCCUGCCGACCUCAUACCAGCUGUCUGUGCUAUGAACGUAAUUGAGGCAGAAUCAGGAUCUUGCGCUUUCGGUACAUUGUGUCUUGUCACAUUUAUCAUCGCUCUUGACUCGACCAUUAUUUGCGUUGCGUUACCUACAGUUGCAGAAGAUAUUGGUGUUGCGGCUACCGAAGCCUUUUGGUGCGGCACCAGUUUCCUCCUCGCUUCGACCGUCGUUCAACCCCCUGUUGCCUCCCUAUCUCAUAUAUUUGGCCGUCGGCCUGCACUGCUCGCUUCUCUCACUGCCUUUGCGGGUGGCAGCAUCAUGGCUGCUCUGGCAAAAGACAUUGCCGUGCUACUUGGUGGUCGAACACUUCAGGGCCUUGGCUCUGGUGGCAUCCUUGCUUUGACAUACGUUAUCGCUACAGACCUUGUGAGCCUUAGGGAGAGAGGUAAAUGGUUCGGCCUUAUCUCCCUCAACUGGGCUAUUGGAAGCAUUCUUGGUACCUUGAUCGGUGGUGCUCUCGUAGAAGUUUCUUGGCCCUGGCUGUUCUGGAUCAAUUUACCAUUCUGUGGUGUUGCCUACAUUGCUAUUCCUGUCACAAUUCGCAUUAAGCGAAAGGGGGUUGCGUCAGUCAACACCAAGAUCAAAGAAUUCGAUUGGAUCGGAACCAUCAUCUUUGUUGGCUCUUUGGCAAGUUUUUUGAUCCCUUUGAACUGGGGUAGCAUCAUGCAUGAUUGGAGCAGCCCUAGGGCUGUUAUCCCUCUUAUAUUCGGUAUUCUCGGACUCGUUGCGUUUGGUUUUCACAUCAAAUUCUGCAGAAAAUACUCCACAUGUGACCCUCUCCUACGACCUAGUCUGUUUACCUCCCUUGCGACUCUCUCUGCAUACUUUGCUACGGUCAUCCACGGCAUAACGGUAUGGUGUAUUCUUUGCUAUGUUCCAUUAUACCACGAGGUCAGGGGAUCAUCACCUAUCACUGCGGGUGUUGCUGUCAUGCCGUUUACUGGGACAGUGGCGCCCGCUGCUGUCGUGGUUGGACUCUUGAUUGCCAAGACGGGGACAUACAGGCCCUUCAUAUGGGCCGGAUGGGUUCUUGUACCUGUUGUUAUGGGCCUGAUGAUGUUGCUUGAGAAGGGUACUGAAAAAUUCAGAUGGGUACUCAUCUACUUUACUGGGGGUCUUGGUCUCGGUAUCCUCUAUUCAGCUCAAGCAUUUGCUUCUCAAGCUUCAGCUUCCAAUUCCGAUUUACCAUUCGCCGCCAGCUUUUAUGCUUUCUGUCGAUCUUUAGGUCAAGGUAUCGGUGUUGCUGUCGGCGGCGUCACCUUUCAGAACGAGUUUCGUAAGCAGCUUGAGAAGAGCACAGAGUUUGCUUCCAAAGCUAAUGAAUGGGCUAAAGAUGCGUCAGCGUUAGUUCAGAUCCUCAAGGUGUCUCCCUCUAGCAUGCAGCUCAUGAAGUACACUGCCAUCGAUGGAUACAUCAAGGGCCUUCGAACCGUUUGA